ACUGCAGUUCCUCGGUGUAACCAGCAGGGCACUAAGAUUGUGGAGACUGCAGUUCCUCAGUGUAACCAGCAGGGCACUAAAAUGGAUUUACAGCCUCCGUCUCACAAGAACAUGAUCACAAAUAAUGAGUUUAAUGCAGAUGCAGCCGAGCUAAUUAACUGCUCGACAGGAGAGAGGAGGAAAUAAAAUGAGCAGUAAAGUACAGUCAUCACACACGUAAUUAAUGACCAUUUCAUUCUGGACAGGUUUCAUUAUUUAUUCUUCACCACCUUCUACAGAUGCUCUGUUUUAUUGGCCACAAUUAAAGAAGCAAACUCUAUUUUCUUCAAAUCAAAUUUUUUUUUCUUUUGUCGUUUUUGUAAAUGUUGACAAUUAAAAAUGUUAAUUUCUGUGAUUUUAAAGACAACUGCAGCUGCGUGUUGAUUGAACGUCCGCUCCGUUCUAAUCUGAGGACGUUAUUCUCAGCCAACAGUAGAGUUUCUCGGUGAAGACACCGACCGUCUUUUAUCUGCGCCGACGACUCAGAGACGAUACGGACGACUGAAACUGUGCUGACCUUUCAAUCUCCCACAAUUCAUAGCUGCUGUUUUUAUCCCGGGGUGUUUGAAGAUGUCGUAUGAACGAGAGGCCGACGCUGAGCCGCGUCAUCAAUCCACACCACACCGGUAAUUACCGACGCUGAGCCGCGUCAUCAAUCCACACCACACCGGAGGCUCAGAAGGUGAACAAUCCGGCCAACAACCAGGCAGCAGACAGGACGUUGAAGGGUCCUGAUGAGAAGGAGGAGGCGCCGCCAAUCAGUGAGGUGGGAUGGAUGACGUCGGUCAAAGACUGGGCCGGGGUCAUGAUCUCCGCUCAGACCCUGACGGGCAGAGUUCUGGUGGUGCUGGUCUUCGCCCUCAGCAUCGGGGCCCUGGGGAUAUACUUCAUAGACUCCUCAGAUCCUAUAGAAUCCUGCCAGAACUUCUACAAAGACUUCACGCUACAGAUCGACAUGGCCUUCAACGUGUUCUUCCUUCUAUACUUCGGCCUCCGGUUCAUAGCAGCCAAUGAUAAGCUGUGGUUCUGGCUGGAGGUCAACUCUGUGGUCGACUUCUUCACUGUUCCCCCCGUUUUUGUCUCCGUCUACCUGAACAGAAGCUGGCUUGGUUUAAGAUUCUUGAGAGCUCUCAGAUUGAUACAGUUCUCUGAAAUCUUACAGUUUCUGAAUAUCCUAAAAACAAGCAAUUCUAUCAAGCUGGUGAACCUGUGCUCCAUCUUCAUCAGCACAUGGCUCACAGCUGCUGGAUUCAUACAUCUGGUGGAAAACUCAGGGGAUCCUUGGGAAAACUUCCAAAAUUCCCAGUCACUUUCCUACUGGGAAUGUGUCUACUUGCUGAUGGUGACUAUGUCCACAGUGGGCUACGGUGAUGUCUAUGCAAAAACCACCCUGGGCCGUCUCUUCAUGGUCUUCUUCAUCCUCGGUGGUUUGGCCAUGUUUGCCAGCUACGUCCCUGAAAUCAUAGAGUUAAUAGGAAACCGCAAGAAAUAUGGUGGUUCCUAUAGUGCGGUUAAUGGGAGAAAGCACAUUGUGGUCUGUGGUCACAUUACCCUCGAGAGCGUCUCCAACUUCCUCAAAGACUUCCUACACAAGGACAGGGAUGAUGUCAAUGUAGAAAUUGUUUUUCUUCAUAAUAUUUCCCCUAAUCUUGAGCUGGAAGCCUUGUUCAAACGUCAUUUUACCCAAGUGGAGUUUUACCAGGGGUCAGUUCUCAACCCCCACGACCUGGCCAGAGUGAAGAUCGAGUCAGCAGACGCCUGUCUGAUUCUAGCCAAUAAAUAUUGUCCUGAUCCUGAUGCUGAAGAUGCCUCCAACAUCAUGAGGGUGAUUUCCAUCAAGAACUACCAUCCCAAGAUCAGAAUCAUCACACAGAUGCUUCAGUAUCACAAUAAGGCCCAUCUGCUGAACAUUCCAAGCUGGAACUGGAGGGAGGGUGAUGACGCCAUCUGCCUGGCCGAGCUGAAGGCGGGCUUCAUCGCCCAGAGCUGUCUGGCCCAGGGUCUGUCCACCAUGCUGGCCAACCUCUUCUCCAUGAGGUCCUUCAUCGAGAUUGAGGAGGACACGUGGCAGAAGUAUUACCUUGAAGGAGUGGCUAAUGAGAUGUACACAGAGUACUUGUCCAGUGCCUUUGUGGGCCUCUCCUUCCCCACCAUCUGUGAAUUGUGUUACGUGAAGUUGAAGCUUCUGCUCAUCGCCAUCGAGUACAAAUCUGAGCAGAGAGAGAGCAGAAGCAGAAAGCGCAUCCUCAUCAACCCCGGGAACCACGUCAAGAUGCAGGAGGGAACUCUGGGAUUCUUUAUCGCCAGUGACGCCAAAGAAGUGAAGAGAGCUUUUUACUACUGCAAAGCUUGUCACGAUGACAUCACAGACCCUAAGAGGAUCAAAAAGUGCGGCUGCAAACGACUGAUUUAUUUCGAAGACGAACAUCAUCCGUCCACACUGUCGCCCAAGAAAAAGCAACGCAACGGAGGGAUGAGGAACUCGCCAAAUUGUUCGCCCAAGAUGAUGGGUCGACACGACCCUCUGCUGAUUCCUGGUAAUGAGCAGAUUGAGAACAUGGACAUGAACGUGAAGAGGUACGAUUCCACCGGGAUGUUCCACUGGUGUCCGUCCAAGGACAUCGAGAAGGUCAUCCUGACACGAAGUGAAGCCUCCAUGACGGUGCUCAGCGGCCAUGUUGUUGUCUGUAUAUUCGGGGACGUGACGUCAGCGUUGGUUGGUCUGAGGAACCUGGUGAUGCCUUUGAGGGCCAGCAACUUCCACUACCAUGAGCUGAAACAUAUAGUGUUUGUGGGUUCACUGGAAUAUCUGCGCAGAGAGUGGGAGACGCUACACAACUUCCCCAAAGUCUCCAUCUUACCUGGCACGCCGCUAAGUCGGGCAGAUCUGAGGGCUGUGAACAUCAACCUCUGCGACAUGUGCGUAAUCCUGUCAGCCAAUCAGAACAAUAUCGACGACGCCUCGCUGCAGGACAAAGAAUGCAUCUUAGCAUCGCUCAACAUCAAGUCUAUGCAGUUCGACGACAGCAUCGGAGUCUUACAGGCCAAUUCACAAGGCUUCACUCCUCCAGGAAUGGACCGGUCGUCUCCAGACAGCAGUCCAGUUCACGGCUUCGUGCGUCAGGCGUCUGUCACCACAGGGUCCAACAUCCCCAUCAUCACAGAACUAGUGAAUGACUCAAACGUUCAGUUCCUGGACCAGGAUGACGACGACGACCCAGACACCGAGCUGUACCUCACCCAACCCUUCGCCUGUGGCACUGCCUUUGCCAUCAGUGUUCUGGACUCGUUGAUGAGCGCGACCUACUUCAAUGACAACAUCCUCACACUGAUUCGGACACUGGUCACAGGAGGCGCCACCCCAGAACUGGAGGCGCUCCUGGCGGAGGAGAACGCCCUGCGUGGAGGCUACAGCACGCCACAGACACUGGCCAACAGGGACAGGUGCAGGGUGGCUCAGCUGGCCCUCUACGACGGACCGUUUGCAGACUUGGGGGAUGGAGGCUGCUACGGGGAUUUGUUCUGCAAAGCGCUGAAGACGUACAACAUGCUGUGCUUCGGAAUCUACAGAUUAAGAGACGCUCACCUCGUCGUACCCAGCCAGUGUACAAAACGUUAUGUCAUCACAAACCCACCGUACGAGUUUGAGCUGGUUCCCACAGACCUGAUCUUCUGCCUCAUGCAGUUCGACCACAACGCAGGACAGUCCAGGACAAGUCUGUCCCACUCGUCCCACUCCUCCCAUUCCUCCAGUAAAAAGAGCUCUUCCGUCCACUCCAUCCCACCGUCUAACCGGCAGAACCGCAGCAGCAAGACCCGCGAGUCCCGUGACAAACACAAUGCAACAAGGAUGAAUAGAAUGGCCCCAGAAAAGAAAUGGUUUACAGAUGAACCGGACAACGCCUACCCACGCAACAUCCAGAUCAAGCCCAUGAGCACUCACAUGGCCAACCAAGUCAACCAAUACAAAUCCACCAGUAGUCUGAUUCCACCAAUCAGAGAAGUUGAAGAUGAAUGCUGAAUUAUGCCAGGUUUUCCACAGACUGAAGACAUCUAUUCAACAGAGACUGGAAGAACCACCACCACGAUGAUGAAAAUAUGGAGACAAAAUACUCUUCACCAAUUCUUCAAAUGGGGGGGGGGGUCUUCAGCGAACCCAGACUGGCUGGGACCUCUGUGUAUACCUUUAACAUGACUUCCAUUCUCUCAGACUAUGUUUUAAAUUAUUAAUGUAUCCAUAGAGAUGUACAUAAUGACAAUCAAGUAAGGAUUGUACAGCGCCCCCUCCCUCCUACCCUUAGCACUUUUUUAAAUUAUUUUAAGAGUUGACAAAAAAAGAGGGAAAAACGUACUUCCUGUUAUUCUUUGCAAUAGUUGACCUCGUGGCGUGACCAGACUCCAUGUGGUCGGGGGAUGAGGGUUCCUGCGAUUGUGAAACUGAUCGUAUCAUCUUCCCAAAGAUCUGCCCAGAAGUCCAAACCACAAACGCUGGGUUUCAUUCACCUCAUACUUCUAGUUUGCUUCUCUUCAAUUUGCACUAAAACUAUAUAUAUAUAUAUAUAAAAAAAAGUUCUUUGACAAAACUGGAACCGUCCGACCCCUGCCCUGAAACGUUACUCUGAGACUGAGAAUGGAAGCAGGUGAAGACGGGAAGGAAGAGUCGCUUCGGACGAGGUUCCAGUCUUGUUCUUCUACAUCGUCAUCAUCGCUUAAGGUUUGCUUCUUCACCACUGACUCGUGAGUUAGCAUCCAAAAAACAUGAUCAAUUCUCAGAGGAAGGAGAGACGGCCCAGAGGUUGAUGUUUGCUUGGUGAAGAAGAAGAAGGACAGAAGAGAGGAACCUACCAACAUGUCUUCUGCUGUGACUC